UUUGUCACUUGCGGCAUUUAAAUGUUGCUGAAAGCGGUGUUACAUCAUGUCCUAAAAUAGAAACGUAGGUAAAUGUGAAAGUGGCGGUGGGGAUGUCGUUGGAGCUAGAGAUAAAGAACAUGAGACCUGUGCUGUUUUAUCUGGUGCUGGUGGGCGUGCUGACACCUGCCUCAGUCGGAGUGCCUCUCGCAAAUGACGCUGACGACAGGCAAGGACACGCAGAGCACUCCAGACAGAAACGUGCUGUUUUAACUGCUAUUAGGGAAGUUGGCUGCGGGGCCUACACGGCUGUUAAGGAAUGUACCACAGAUCUCGAUUCCUGUGGUGGUUUUUGUGACUUGGUGGAUUUUGUCUGCAGUGUUGUCUCACAUUCAGGAACCGCUGUGUCGCUGUUGUGUGACACAAAUGUGGACAAAUAUGAAAGUACCGUUAUGGAUGAUUAUCGAUACAGCAGUCACGGAACUCAGAAAGAUGCUGAAAGAUUUAUCAUGAAACUUGGGGAGGACAUUCAACACCUGCCAAAAUCAUUCUGGGAGAAAUUGGCCAAUUUCUUUAAAGAAAUCUGGAAAAGAAUCUGUGGGUGGUUUUCUGGGUAGUUUUCAUGAUUAAUAACCGAUUUUGAUGUAACCUUGAAUUUUGUUCAGAAAUUUCAAUUGUGCCUGUUUGGUACAUUUUGUAGUUUGCAUCCCGAUAUAGAACACUGUUGUUAUGUUUGAGUGAGUGAGUGAGUUUGGUUUUAAGCCGCUUUCAGCAAUAUUCCAGCAACAUCACGACGGGGACACCAGUAAUGGGCUUCACAUAUUGUACCCAUGUGGGGAAUCGAACCCGGGUCUUCAUCGUUACGAGCGAACGCCUUAACCACUAGGAUACCCCACUGCCCCUGUUGUGCUUGUGUUGAUGGAGCUAUUUUUGUUUAGUUAUAUUUUCAAAAUAAAGUGGUACGUUACAAUGAUAUUCUUACGACUGAAAGAUCAAAUGUAACGUCCAUAUUUGUAAACUAUACAUUUUAAUAACUUUUGAAAAUAGUUCGAAUCAUUUAAACGCCGAUGUCGAUAGACACUGAAAUACAGAGAAGAGACAAAAGAGGUGAAACUAAUGCGUUUGGUAAUCUAUCCACUUACCUUCCGCUCUCCAUCAUCACAUGUAGGAACAAUAUUUCCUCAAUGUACUUACCUUAGCCAAUGUACGGUUCAUCCGGCGGCCAUAUUAACAACGUUUAAAAUCUACUGUCAGAUUUACACACGUUUACAGAGGUGUUGAAAAAAACGAACACUCAACUCUG